CUGAAAGUCCACAGUUUACCCGUUCCACUGUCCGCUUUCGCACUUUACUCUGGCACUAUUUUACGAAACAACUAAAAAAAGUAAACGAAUACAUCGAUGUGUUUCCUGUGUUUCUUUUUUUGAGAUUUGACAAAAUGAAUGAGUUUCAAACUGAAGUUUUGCGGCAAGUUGUCGGGCAUUGCAGCCAUAACAUUGGUUGGAAUGGAAUUCAUGCUUCUUCUUUAGAUUUACUCACAGAAGUCCUUCAAAAAUACUUGACUGAGAUUGGUCAGUCUAUGCACAGAUAUUCAGAACAGUUUGGGCGCACAGGUCCAAAUUUAGAUGAUUUAGGACUUACCUUUCGAGAUAUGGGUAUCACUAUUCAGGACCUUUCAGACUAUGUUUCCAAUGUUGAACCCACAUCUUUCAAUGAAGAUAUUUCUAAAAUCCCUGUGGCUAGAGAACACAAUUUAAAUUUUCUUAAACCAGGCAGCCACGAAGUUCUUUCCAGACCUGUUCAUAUCCAUGAACAUCUACCUCCAAUGCAACAUAUCAUUCUGGAUGAUGACAAAGCUUCUACAGAUUAUCCUGAAGUUACAGAAACCCUUUCAGUUGCUCAAGAUAAUGUUGAGCAAACUAUGAAUUUGUCUCCACAUCCUUAUUCUUUUAAAAGACCUGAUGGAGCAGAGAAACGAAAAGGAGGAUGGUUGGGUGACGAUGGCCAACCAAUUAGAGAAAUAUCAAGUGUGAUGAUGACAUCAUCGGGAUACCUUUCAUCAUCGCGCGAAGGGAAAUUGCCUGAAACUAAAAUUCGAAAAUUGUUUCUUGAAACAGAACCGGAUCACGCCCUUCCGGAGAAAAAAAUCAAUAUUAAGAAAGUAUUUGAAGGCAUUAAAAAACCAGAAGAACUUUCUAAAAAAAGUGACGAGAGAGACUCAGAUUUUGUUAAGAAAUUUAAUGACAUUUCAAAAGAUCGGCAGUUUGAAACCCCUGAAGAAAAGAGACCAAUACCCGAACAAUCUAAAGAAGAAGAUUUUGAAAAAGAAGGAAAAAGGGAGCGAAAUAAGGAAAAAGAGCGAGUAAGAGAGCAAGAAAAAGAACGAGAUGCUGAAAAGGAGACAGAAAAAGAAAAGCAAAAAAUGGAAAAAGAAAAGGAAAAAAUGGAAAAAGAAAAGGAAAAAACAGAAAAAGAAAAGGAAAAAACAGAAAAAGAAAAAGUUUCUGGAAAAGAACAAGACAAAGAGAAAAUUAAGAAGAAACGUAACAAAGAAAAACUGUUAGAAGAAUUUGCUUUCUUUGAAAAGGGAAAAUCUAUUUCAUUGAAACCAUCAGAAUCUAUUGCUGUCAAUGAUUCAACAAAGCAAAAAUUGAAUAUAUUUAAGAAAAUUCCAAAAAGCAAAGACCUCGAUAAUCAGACAACACGUAUCUUGUCACGCACCGAAAACGCUGAAUCUGAAAAAGGAUCUGCUGCUGUGGUUGAGGAAAGUCCAUUGAAAAGCAUUUCUGAAGCAGCAGUAUUGUCCUCAAAUAGCGAAAGCUUUGCAAGCGGGAAAUUAAAAAUUUCAAAAAAAGAUAGGAAGCAAAAAAGUAAACAAGAUCGUCUUCCUUUUAACACUGAUGGUGUCAUUCUUGUUGACAGCCAAGAUAAUAUCAAAUUUGGAAAAGAACUUGCAAAAGUAGAACCUGUUUAUCCAAAAGAAGAACCGAUCGGACCAAGUGACCUGUCGAUUUUGGGAAAAUCCGGGCAAAACAGAUCCAAAAUAAUGGCUUCUCCCGGUGUUGAAGCACCAAAAAAGAAAAAAGGUCGACCUCCCCGUGUUAUGACGCCGGAUCUAGGUGAAACCCAAAUUUCUGAGGCUGCACCACCAGCCCAUGUUGAAUCGCCCAUUCCGCCGACUCCAAAAUCUUUCUUUCCUUUCCCUCCUCACUUCUCAGUUCCCGGAUUGAUACCACCGCCGUUUAUUCCAAAUGUCCCCUUUAAUUUAUUAGGAGUUCCUCCGUUAGGAUUGAGAUCUCCUUUAGGGAUCCCGCCCACGAAUAUGUUUAGUAGUGUGGGACCCAUGUCUAAUGUGCCCCCAACGGAUUUUUACACGCCACCUAAAGAUACCAUGAACAGAAUGCCUCCCAUGUCCUCUUCACCUACCAAGUCUCCGAAUAUUGUUGACAGCCUUCCUGAAUCCUCUUUAAACAUGGAAACCAGUGAAGCUGAAUCCGUUGUAACUAAAAAGAAAGAAAAGCGCGAGAAAAAAGAUAAAGAAAAGAAGAAAAAAGAUAAAAAAAUUAAAGAAAAGGUGUCCGAUGAGCAAGAGAGAAAAAACAAAAAGGACAAAAAAAAAGAGAAAAAAGAAAAAGAAAAAGACAAGGAAAAGUGUAAAGAAAAGGAAGAAAAUUUAACCGUUCCAAAAAUCACUUUUAAAUUUGCAGCUGCCCCAAGUUCACCACACCCGUUAACGCCAGACUCGACCCCAAAAUUAAUAUUUAAAGCCAUAGCUGACAAAGAAGGUAAUUUCACUGCCUCUGGUAGCAGCAACAGGGAUGUAACUGCUCAGUCACCCGUUCAACCAGCAGUUGAAGUUGCAAAAUUUUCUGCGCUUGUCACGCGUCCUCCUAAACUGGUGAAAACCGUAAAGGAAAUGCCAGCAAAUAAGCCUUGUGUUGAAACAGUAACCGAUUCUCCAUCCACUUCCCAACCUGCGCUAGCCCCUCGCACACCUAGUCCUUCUCCGAAAGUCAGACGUGAAAAACCACAAAAACCUCCACGAGUAACAAAAGAUAAAGAAAAAGAGAAAAAGAAAGGUGACAAACCCGGGGUCGGAGACGUGGCAGUUAUUACAGAAACAGUUGGAUCUUAUUAUGAUGAGUUUGGCAACAAAAUAUGGAUUUGUCCAGCCUGCGGUCGACAAGACGAUGGCACUCCGAUGAUAGGUUGCGACGAAUGCGACGACUGGUAUCAUUGGGUGUGUGUCGGAAUUCGAGUUCCACCUGCUGAAACGGAAAGUUGGUUUUGUCAGCGUUGCAUUGCCAAGAAGCAGGGUUCUUUAAAGGAAAAGAAGAAAGGACGAAAGAAGAAAUCUGUUUAACUCACACAUUUAUGUAUAGCAUUAUUUUUCUGGUUUGAUUUGGCAUUACACGUAAAGUUUUUCUUUC